GAUGCCAAUUCUUGCCUGCAGUGAGAGAAUUGUCUUCAUGCCAAAUUUGUCUUUAAUAAAAAUACCCAGGAUGAACUGCAGUCAGGCUCCUGGUUUUAUCCUCUUGGGACUGUCUAGUGACCCAGAGAAAUGGCAGCCCUUCUUUAGCAUCUUCCUAGGUCUCUACUUGCUGGGACUUUUAGGGAACUUGCUACUUCUGUUAGCUAUUGGUGCUGAUGUCCACCUCCACACUCCCAUGUAUUUCUUCCUCAGUCAGCUCUCACUCGUGGACCUUUGCUUCAUCACCACCACAGCUCCUAAAACAUUGGAGGCUCUGUGGACUGGAGAUGGAUCUAUCUCAUUCUCUGGAUGCCUGACUCAGUUGUAUUUCUUUGGUGUUUUUGCAGAUAUGGAUAACCUGCUUCUCGCAGUCAUGGCUAUUGACCGCUAUGCUGCUAUCUGUCACCCACUUCUCUAUCCACUUCUCAUGACUCCUUGUAGAUGUCAGAUUCUGGUCAGUGGGUCAUGGGGAAUAGCUCAUGGUGUGUCUAUGAUCUACACAUUAUUGCUCUCUCAGUUAUAUUUUCAUGCCAGUCAAGAGAUUCCUCAUUUUUUCUGUGAUUGUAGGCCUCUCUUAUUGCUUUCCUGCUCUGACACUCACUUCAAUGAGGUCCUGAUGAUGAGUUUGGCUGGAGUUUUGGGAAUCAGUGCAGUUCUCUGCAUUGUAAGUUCUUAUGGUUGUAUUUUUUAUGCUGUGGCUAGGGUUUCAUCAGCACAGGGGAAAAGGAAAGCCUUGACCACAUGCAGUUCCCACCUCUCUGUAGUUCUUCUUUUUUAUAGCACAGUCUUUGCCACCUACCUGAAGCCCCCAUCUAGUUCUCGUUCCUCUGGGGAGGUGGUAGCUGCUGUCAUGUAUACCUUGGUAACGCCCACUCUGAACCCCUUCAUUUAUAGUCUGAGAAAUAAGGAUGUUAAGAGUUCAUUGAGAAGGAUUCUGAACAUUGAGACAUCUCAAGACUAAGGAUCAUCAUUCAGGAAGGAAUACAA